CUCUCUCUCUCUCUCUCUCUCUCUUCCACUCUCUCUCCAUGGAUUUCGCCCUCCUCCCCUCCGACACAGCCUUCUCCUUGCAAAAUGGCGACGCCGACAAGCCCAAAUACUGCCACGGAUUCGGAUUUCUCAAGCAAGACAGAGCAAUAAAUGAGGAUGAUUUAAGGGAGUUUAAGAUGUCCAAGAACUCAUCUUGCGGUGAGGGUUCGCUGCAGAGAUCCAACGGCUGUGGUCUCUCCUCUGCAGAGAUGCUCAGCUUCUCCUCCCCAAACCCACAGCCUCUCACAUUGCCUUACUAUCACUACUCCUCCAAUGCAUUUGCUAGAAAUGCAGUAGGGAUGAAUGGUGGAAGCAUGCAGCAUGGUGUGAGGGGGCCAUUCACUCCAUCACAAUGGAUGGAGUUAGAGCAUCAAGCCUUGAUCUACAAAUACAUCACUGCCAAUGUCCCCAUUCCUUCUUAUCUUCUCAAUCCCAUUAGAAAAGCUUUUGAAGUUGUUGGUUUCUCUUCCCUCAGAUCCAAUCCUUUGGGAUGGAAUGGUUUCCAUUUGGGAUACUCCAGCACCGACCCAGAGCCGGGUCGGUGCCGGAGAACCGAUGGGAAGAAGUGGCGGUGCUCGCGGGACGCGGUCGUGGACCAGAAGUACUGCGAGCGCCACAUGAACCGAGGCCGCCACCGUUCAAGAAAGCCUGUGGAAGCCCAAUCCGCCGCCGCCUCCAAUGCCACCGCGAAGCCCACCGUUGCUAGAAGUAUUGUUGAGAACACCACCACUCUCUCCAAAACCAAGCCCAAAGACUCCCAACGCCAAGAUUGGGAGCGGAACGAGUUCGGCCUCGUGUGCUCCGACUCGCUCGUGAACCCCUUAAACCGGAGCGAGCUCCGCCAGUUCAUGGACCAGCCCGACCGCGACGCGGACCGGACACAGCUCUCCAUAUCCAUGGCAUCCUCACCCCCGAGAUCAGGAUUGUCUCGGGAGCUCGAGAUGGGGCUAGGCUUGGGCAACCGCCCAAGCAGCAACAACAACUGGGCUCCCAUCUCAUGGGAGCCCAGUGCCAUCGGAGGGCCUCUCGGGGAGGUCCUCCACAACACAUCAACAACAACCACUGGCAACGCGAAACAGCUCAACCUCAUCGAAAGAUGGGACAGCCCCCGGCUCGACGCGUCUCCCACGGGAGUCCUGCAGAGGGGCGCCUUCGCGUCCCUCUCCAACAGCAGCGCGGCCGGCAGCCCGCCGCACGAUGUGUCAACUUAUCCAUCACUGCUCUAAGAACAAGAAUUGCUCACACAACCAAUUCACUUGUAAUAGUGCUAGAUAUUUGUUGUAUUAUUAGUUGAAACUUUUAUGCAUAUUUUGUGUGGUACUCUUUGAUUUAUUGUUAUCUAAAUAGGCUUCUUGUUUGGUGGGAUUUUUGAGUUUGAGAUAUAUCAUGAUUUUGUUUUAGGUUGGUUGGAGGGGAGCAUGCUUGUUUUGUGGUUGUGAUUUGUAGUUGGUGGGGCAUCUAAUAACAUAUCUUUUCACUAUUUAGUAUUUA